AUGAUGAUUUUCGGCACUAUUCUCGCCGCCUGUCGUGUCGUACCCUGUGUCUGUUCUGUGAGUAGGUAUCGACUAGAACUCACGAAUGAGGUCAUUGCACCUGAUGACUUCAGUCGAAGCUCCGUUUUGGCCAACCAGGUAUUUCCGGGUCCUUUGCUCAGUGCUCAAAAGAAAGAUCAGUUGCGGGUGAGGGGCAUAACUUCACAUAUCUAUGUUCACAUCGCGAACAGGCUUACAGACGCUUCAAUGACUCAGGGAACGUCUAUUCAUUGGCAUGGGCUGGCGCAGCAUAAGACGCCUUCUCAAGAUGGCGCUGCUUGGGUGACUCAGUGUCCUAUAGCUGCAGGUGAUGACUUUCGUCAUCUGUGGUCUUCUUUCUAUAUGGUGCAAUUCUUCUCUCAUUUCAAGCGCGACCUAGAGAACCCUAAUCGAGUCGUUGACAUUGUCAAGAUACACUACAUCGACAUAAUGGUGCGCUUUGUACUGGAGCCGUACGCUGCUGCGCGCGUCUUUUCGUGUUCAUUGCUGAAAGUAUCCUCAAUUAGUAACCCUGACUCGUUUGUGAUCAAUGGCCUUGGACGAUAUGAUGGUGGAGCUGAAGGUCCACUCGCCGCCAUCAACGUAACCUCCGAUGUGCGCUACCGUUUUCGGCUGGUGACUACCGCUUGCCAGGCAGGCUUAAACUUUUCUAUUGAUAGUCAUUCCAUGACUGUCAUCGAAUUGGAUGGCAUUGAGAUAAAGCCUCUUGGUGUAGACAUAGUUUCGAUCUGGCCAGGGCAGCGUGUCUCCGUCGUAGUCAGCGCCAACCAACGUAUUGAUAACUACUGUGAGUCUCCCGAUGGCCUAAUAUCUGCGAAUCUACCGAGGCAAUAUAUCAACGCCGCAAUUUUGAGGUAUAAGGGCGCGCCACAGACGGAUCCAGAGACAACAUCAACUGCGAAGAAAAUGAUGCUCGAGCAGGAUAUCCAGGAGGGUAUUCAUAUACCUAUUUCGCAGCCAGAGUUAACGCUUUUGACCAUACCAAAAAUGUCGUUCACACUGAAGAUCAGCACGGAUCCAAACGUGACCCAUUUCUUGAUCAACGGGAAUCUCGUUGUUUCACCUCCUAUCCCCGCACUUCCUAAUAUAUAAAACGGCUCAGCCAGCACUCAAUCUCUCGUGCCCAUCGGAAGCGUCAUCACCGUACCGCGCGAGAAACUCGACAGUGUUACCAUUCCAGGAGGAUCUUCUUUUGCUCCGCACCUGUUCCAUCUCCAUGGGAACAAUCGGUUUCCAAUUUUCAGGGAUUUCGUGAAUACAGGUUUGGCUGGCGACAAUGUCACAUUUCUGUUCCACACGGACAAUCCAGGACCUUUGCUCCUACACUGUCAUUUCGAUUUUCAUUUUGAAUCAGCGCUUGCCAUAGUCUUUGCCGAAGUACCCGAAUAUCAACGUCAUGGACCUUACGAGGAAGAAAGGCCCCGGGAUUGGGAGGGCUUGUGUCCGAAGUGGAACUCACUCACUACCGGGAAACAGUUUAGCAUCGACUCUGUUGAAUCUUUUGCUACCCCUAUCGUAGAGCCCUCAAAAGCAUGUCGUGUCACCUGGAGCUUCUGUCCUGGCCAAAGUAGUACCUCACGCAUUUUUCUGAGCUUCUAG